AUGGCUCUUGUUCGAGAUCCAGCAUUUUGGAGGCGCUUCUCACGCGCCAUCCAUCUAGACGAGGAAGCAAAGGCUUCAAAGAUGGAAAAUAAGAGCGGUGUUAUUUACUCGGAUGACUGGAUUCUGAAGCAACGCAAGAAGCGACGUCGAUGGAUCUGUUGUGGCUUCUUGAUAUUUGCGGCGUUUGCUAUAGUGGUUGCUGGUGCCGUGGUGGUUCUUUGGUGGUUCCAUUCUCACAAUUGGUUACGCAAGUCGUAA